AUGAGCCAAGAUGGGGACGCAUCGGAGAAGAGCGCUCUUCCCACCGCAUUAGCAGCACACGAAGACGCGAGGGAACUUAUCCGCUUGCUGCAAUGUACCCAGUGCUCGAGGCCUUUCCGAAAUCCGGUCACUCUACCAUGCGGGAAUUCAAUAUGUAAAGAAUGCUUGCCCGAAGCACACGAGCGCGAACACAUCACAUAUCCGGACCUGCCUGGACGAAAACAAGGCUUUCAGUGUCCUUUUGAGGACUGUGGGGUGGAACAUCCUGCUUCGGACUGCAAUAUCGAUGUCACCUUGGCCAAACUCAUGGAGUCCAUCGCCGAGGUGGUCGCAAAGCAUAGUUCAGUGGUCGAAUCACUGCCAACGAAGCUGGAAGAGAUUGUCAUGUGGGAUGAGGUUAUGAGUUCGCAACCUUCGUCUGAAAAGCCGCACAUUCACCACCUGGCUGGUGGGAGAUUGAUUGCGACGUACACUCUGGCCGCCCAGGGUUCACUCAAUCACAAGGUGGACGUAACGUAUCCAGAAACCGCCGAGCAAGACAAAGCAAUGGACAUUGCAGUGUUGCAGGAAGUUCUGGAGACUACGCAAAGAGAAGUGGAUUGCCAGGUGUGCUAUAAUCUGAUGCUGGAUCCAGUGACAACAUUUUGCGGGCAUACACUAUGCCGCAAAUGUCUUGCCCGAGUCUUGGACCAUUCAUUACACUGCCCCGUCUGCAGGCGCGGUCUGGCCAUUCCACCUUCACUGCUGAGGCAGCCGAGCAACAAGACUCUUGUCAACCUACUCAACGGACUCUGCCCAGAGGUGGUCGCCGCACGAGCUGAAGCGGUGGAGCUGGAGGAACGAGGGACUACCGGAAACUCAAGCGUGGCACUCUUCGUCUGCACGCUUGGCUUCCCAAACCAGCCGACAUUCUUGCGGAUCUUCGAGCCGAGAUAUCGAUUGAUGCUGAGGAGGUGCCUGGAAGGUAGUCGCCAAUUUGGUAUGCUCAUGUACAACCGAUAUGGCGAACCUCAAGGAGACCUUGGACAUGUUCACUUCUACCAAUACGGGACCAUGCUGCAGAUCGUUCACGCGCAGAUGCUGGCGGACGGCACCAGCCUCAUCGAAACACGAGGACUAUAUCGCUUCCGAGUCACAUCUCAUGCCGUCCUGGAUGGGUACUCUGUAGGGGAUGUCGAGAGGAUUGAUGACGUCAACCUUGCUGAGGAAGAAAGGAUUGAAGCUGAAGAGACGUCUCUUCCACCACCUACGGAAGAAGGCGAUAUCACUGGUCAGAUCAAUCGCAUGUCGACUCAGGAACUGCUAUCACUGGGCCAAGAAUUCAUCGUUCGUAUGCGAGGGAGAAGCGCAAACUGGCUACAACAGCGAGUACUCGACAUCCACGGCCAACCUUCUGAAGAUGCCGCACUGUUCCCAUACUGGUUCGCAAGCGUGCUGCCGAUCUCAGAAGAGGAAAAGUACAAGUUGCUAGGGACAAGAACGGUACGCGAGCGGCUCAAGAUCACGGCGACGUGGAUUCGCCGGAUCGAGACGCAGAGAUGGUAA